GGAAAUUUUGGGGAGGCCUUCCAUUUGCGUAAGAAGCGUUUUGAUAAGAAGGACAUUCAGGAAGGUCAACGAGCCCUUACAGAAGUGAGUUACUUGAAUGGAUGGGAAUCUGAGAAAUUUGCCAAUGGGCAUGAAGGAGAAUUAGUGGAAGAAGUUGUCAAAACUAUUCUGAGCAAGUUGAGACAUGAUUUUCAGCUUGAUAUUCCGGACCACUUAGUUGGAGUUGACGAUCAUGUCAACAAAAUUAGGAAUUGGGUAGACAUUCCUACCAAGCAUGCUCGAAUGAUAGGAAUAUGUGGCAUGGGCGGGAUCGGUAAAACGACUCUCGCAAAGGUCAUCUACAACCAGUUGUCAAAUAAAUUCAAGCAUUGUAGCUUCCUUCCAGAUAUACGAGAAACAACUCACAACAAAGGCAUUCUUGAAAUACAAAAUCUACUAAUUAGGGAAAUACUACCAAUGAACGUGGAGUAUGUAAAGUUGAUGAUGGAAUUAGUUUGAUCAAAUCUAGAUGUAAAGAAAUAAAGGUUCUCAUUCUUUUGGAUGAUGUUGAUCACCGAGAUCAACUAUAUGCUUUGGCAAGAGAACGUGAUUGGUUUUCAAGAGAAAGCAUCAUCAUUGUUACAACUAGAUAUGAAGCUGUUCUUCAUCAACCUAAAUUCAAGGUAGACUACAAGUAUGAAUUGACAGAAUUAGAUGUGGUGCAUUCUUCAUGUUUAUUUAAAAGACAUGCAUUUUCCAUGGGUGAUUGUCCGAAGGAUUUUGAGGGUAUCUCUCGUGAUAUCUUAUCCACCAUGGGUGGGCUUCCCUUGGCUAUCGAGGUCAUAGGUUCAUACUUGUAUGGGGAAACAGAUGGAAAAGUAUGGCAAGAUGUGCUGAAGAAAUUAAGAAAUGAACCAGAUAGAGAUGUCCAAAGGACAUUGAAGAUUAGUUAUGAUGCAUUGGAACCUACACAAAAGGAGAUUUUUCUAGAUAUUGCUUGUUUUUUAAUCGGCAAAAAUAGCAAAUUUGCUAGUUACAUGUGGGAGGACUGUGGGCUUUUUCCAUAUAUUGGAAUUAAAGAGUUGAAGCUAAGGUGCUUAAUAAAAAUUGGAGAUUGUGGUGAGUUUAGGAUGCAUGACCAAUUGAGAGAUCUUGGAAGGAGCAUCUUUUGCCAAGGACAACCGCCCGAGAGAUUUUUGAAGCCAUGGCUCGAAGAUAAAGCUUUGAGAAGUAAUAUGGAAAUGGAGGUAACAUAUGGCUCUCUCUCUCUCGAAGAUAAAGCUUUGAGAAGUAAUAUGGAAAUGGAGAUGGAUUGGCGGCUUGUGAGGCAACAAAUGAAAAUUAACGACAUAGGUCCGGUUGGUCUAUGUAAUGAUCAAGUUUUACCUUUGGAAUUCAAUUCAAAGAGCUCUAUAGAUGACCUUUUGCAUAAUUGGGACAAUUUUUUGCUUGCUCUGUAAAACAAGCUAGGCGAGGAGCUUAAGAUUUUGCUUAUUAUUUUCCAUCCCAUUUGAUCUUGAAGUUGUCGUGGAAUCAUUUUAUCAAAUGAUUGAUCUGGGUCUGGCUAACUUGGCUGAGGCAAUUCAUAGUCCAUACCAGAGAACGAUCAAAUGGAGAAGAGGGAUUUUGCUGAGGUGUCAUUAGCAACAGCCGAAGGCUAGCUUUUGGGCAACCUUGAAUAGGCUCAUAGGCCAACUGGAGUGUCCUAAGGAAGUUUUUUAUGCCUGUGAAGAUCAAAGCACUUGAUAUGGUUUCAUCAGCACAAAACUGAAUGAUUGUGAAAGUAUUAUUUUUUAGUUGAAUCUACUUGCUGUAUGCUCAUUAGGUUCUACCUAUAUUAAGCAAAUACAUACGUGCUGAUUUUUCUA